AUGGGUUCGAACGACGCCACAUACAACGGCACGACGCCGCAUAAACCAAAACACCACUACACCACGAGCCCCCCAACGUCGCACUCCACCGACAGGCAGAGCGUCCAGAGCUACAGUCUCGGCACCUACCGCCAUGGGCCCAGCAGCACACCCAUGGCAUCGACGGCCAGCUCCAGGGACAUCGAGGCAGCUCACGCGCAGAGGGUCGCGAGGGAGACUCAGGCUAUCCUGUCUCGCUACUAUAAGUGA